AUGAAAUUCAGAUUAUUACCAUUCCAAAGAUGCCCAAAAAAUGAGCACAAAUGAUUGUUAUUAAUCAUAUAAAUAAAAUGGCUUUCGCUCAAGCGAAGUUAGCUCCGCUAACUUUCUCUCACUCAAGCAAUUUUAUUUAUGGGGUUGGGUUUUUACCUCAAGAACUUCUGCACAGCAACAGCGGUUUAACUUUGGAGAUAACCAGUGGAACUGCUCCUCAGCACGAUCAAGAUCUGGAGUUUUUACCCCUCAGCACACCCGAAGGAAGGUGGACCCUCAGGCGGAACACGCGCAGGAGCUGAGUUGAAAUAAAGCUAGCGGUAGCGAAGCCCGUCGAAGCCGGAACACCUUAUUUGUCCGUGCCCUGGCGAUCAAAAGGGAUCGAUCCAGCGGUCCACAGGCCCGACACGUGUACAAAUAUGGUGGCAGCUCUGGAGUUGGCUACCCCGUAGUGGACGCUAAGUGUUAUAAAUUUUAUAAGAUAAGAUUGUUAUUAAUCACAAACAAAUUUAUGGUGAAAAUAACCAAUAACGCAGAAGAAGCAAAUUCUUCCCAAGACAUGAGUGAAGAAAAAAUAUUCUGUUUACUAUAAAAAAACAAUUAAUUUUAUGGAUUCUUGUCUUAAUUUCUAUAAAUAAUUAAUUAAAUAAGCUAAAUAAAAUAUCAUAAACACUAUUAGUAGGUAUAAUAGAACUCGCAGACUCUAUGCUAUGCCUCGAAGACCCAAAUUUGGGUAAAGGAAAGCAUUGGAGCCGGUGCGAAACUCUUAAUCUCAUCAAAGCAAUAAUAAAAUUUUCAACUUCCAAAGGGAUAAAGUGGAAGCAAGUUAUUAAAGAAGUGUCUGGUAAAACUGUGCAACAAGCCCAGUCAAGGUAUUUCUACAUCAGACUUAAAGUCAAUAAGCAAUUCCGGAGAUUGCGGGAAAUGAGAGCUCAUUGUGUCACUUCUUUGAGCAAAGAACAUUGAAUUGACCUGCAAGCUUGAUUUAAAUUUUAUUUAUUUUUUUUUUAAUUUUUAUAUUAAAUUUUCUAAAAAAUUCUAUAAAAAUAAAAAAAUAUGAUGCAAUAUUUAUUUAUUUUUUGUGUAGAAUUCAAUGCUAUAAAGCAUAAAUAA